AUGGACAAAAUUCCAACGUUGCCAAAACACAGACCUAGACACAGGGUAGCAUCUGCUGAUAAUAAAACCGGCAUUGAAGAAAUAGAAGUUGACACAAAACCAAUUGAGCAAAAUAGUGAAGUGGCCGGUGAUCAACAUAAGAUUUUAUCACACAGGCCACAACUUGAAAAGAGGAUUGAGCACCCAUAUUUAGAUGUUGAAGAAGCAGUUGAGAAUGAUAAUAAUGCCAAGAAUAUAUCUGAUACUGAAAAGGCAGAACGUAAAUCUCCGCAAAUGCCUAAAAGUCGACCAUCUAUAAAAAAAAUAUUGUCAACAGAAGAACCAUCAAUCCCAAAAAUACCAUCACACCAUCCAAAAGGGCAUCUAAGAAGUGGGAAUAAAGCACAUGACGAAUUGCGCAAGGGAGAGAGUGAUCAGAUUGUGAGUGAGCAGAUUAUCAAUGAUCAGACUGAAAGUGAGCUAAAUUACAAUGAUGAGCAUCACGCAGAUGAAUCAGAGAGCGAUGAUAAACAUAUUCAGGAUGUUAGCACGUUAUUGCCUAAAGAACGGAAAUUGACUGACGAUAUUUCAUUUAAUGCAGUUGUUAACGAUACACCAGCAAGCUUGAAUUGCUCUAUUCCAAGGAAAAGCACUACCGUUUCGACAAAUUCGGAGUCGGGAUACGAUACGGUUAUUGAUAUGUACAAAAAGAGCCCUGAGUCUCCUAUUUCCAUUAAAGAUGACACUAACGACUCUAAUGACGCUUCCGAAAUGAACCCAGAGAGAAACGUGUUGGACCAAGAAAACACGUGUUCUUCAAAAGUUCCAACCCCAAGAAGAUAUGAUGAUAAUGCCAAAGGUGAUUUGAAGCUAAGUAGUGUUUUGCUGCCUGCAAAUACAGACGGUGAUGAUCUUAAGGAGCGGAAAGCUGUACAUAUAGACAAGAUUGAUGCUGUAAAAUCGAAAACAGAGAACCCUGAAGCUGAUUUGUCGCAAAAUGUGUCUUCUGUGAAAAAAUCUAAGACCAUAUCCGAAAUCUCGUUGGAGAAGAAGGUCCAGCCACCAAAACCUAAGAAGAAACGUCCUAUGGUUCCUAAAAAGCCAUCAUCUAAGAUAGCACAGUUUCAGGCUAUGCUUCAACAGCAGCAAGAGCAUGAUCUGGGAUUUCUUAAUAAGCGUGCCCCGGUUCUUCCUUCACAUAGACCAAGGAAGCAUGAUCUGGCAUCUGCAAGUUAUGAUAACCAUGAGCCGGAAAAAGAUGCCUCGAGGGAGCAGUUUUCUAGCAAGUUGAACAGUAUGUUCGGAAUGAAGAUGAACGGUAUACCUUUACCUGGUAUGGUAUUGCCGGAGGUGAAAUCCCAGAUGCCGGUUUCUCGAUCUGACUCUGGUAAGAAGGAGCUUAGUAAGCCGCAAAGUAGGCAAUUAGGUGCAAGAAGAAGAGCUCGUGCUCCUCGGGGAAGAAGACUUCCUAAAUCUGUUGGAAAUGUUGUUGAGGUAAACGACGAAACUCUAGGAACCAAGACCAAAUUUACUGUUUUUGCCGAGGACAGCUGGAAGAUGGACUUCGAGGAUCCGGAAAUGAAGAAUGAGGGUGAUAGUACUAGGCCAGAUGAUAGUGAUAUCAAAGCAGAGGAUGAUGGUAUCAAAGCAGAGGAUGAUGUUAUCAAAGCAGAGGAUGAUGUUAUCAAAGCAGAGGAUGAUGUUAUCAAAGCAGAGGAUGAUGAUAUCAAACCAGGGGAUAAUGGUGUCAAAUCAACAGAUGCAGAAGGAGAAGGUCCGAAAAUUGUGCCUAAUAAGCAUAUUGCUGAGCAUCAAACCGUUACGGAUGAGCAGAAAAAUUAUACAAAUAACGAAGAUGGUACGCAGAUUGAGAGCAGUGAAGAUACAGUGCAUGUGGGUUUGGAAAGUAAUAUACCUUCUUUGGAUGAAACGGUUACCCAAAGUUCUUCUGCCAAUUUGGAAUCACGUUCGGAUUCUCUAGAUGAACAAGCAGACGUAUCUGAAAUUGAGUGUGCGCAGAAAGGUAAAUGUGCAAAUGGCAAUAAUGCAGGUGUAAAAGAUGAGCAGGUUGACUUUGAAGAAGACAAUUCUAAAGACAGUGCUUUCAGCAAUACGGAAAUAUCAGAAAGUUUACAUAAGCAGGCCGAUAUCACUACAAGGGAGUCUAAAGAUGCGCCUUCAGCCGAAAAAGAAGUUGAACAGUAA